AUGGGAUCUGUCGAAGUCGUGUCGAGCCGACUAGAGUCGUUACCUCCUCGUCCACCGACGCCGCCCCGCGAGGCCAGCCAAGCUGUUGAUGCCAUCACCGCUCCGAAGCAUCUCCUCGUCCUCCCUCCCUCGUCCGACCCUUGUUCCAGCCUCCAUACGCCGCCCAGUGCCUAUUCACCACUCUCCGGAGCCGGUUCCACGAACCCGAGUGUACGCAGAGCAAGGAAACGUGUGGGCUUCUCUGCAAAGGCCCAAUACAACGAGGCACCACAUUACCCAGGCGUCAACGCUUCCAGCCGGCGAUCACCUCUCUCGGCACCAUCGUCGACCCAGCCCAAACCCGUCAAGGGCAUUCUCAAGCAGACCUCUUCGCCGAGCCCCCUCAGCACCAGUGUCAAGGCAGAUGCCCUGACGACCUCGGCUAACAUCUCCGACAUGCUGGAAUCAACGGUGAAGCAGCUCGCCGGAGCCGACAGAGACUCGAAGCGAGAUGCCUAUUCAACUCUGGUCAUGACGCUGAAGACGUCCAAUAAUCUCCCAGACCGCAUUGCUCUUCAAGCCAAGAUGGGGCUGUUUGUCCAGUUCAUUCAGCGCGACAUAACCUCCAAGAAUCCUGCCACGGGCGGACCAGACGCGCCUCUCGUCAACAACGCCCUCUCCCUCCUCGCUACCUUUCUGCAUUUUCCUGCCAUUGCCUCGACGAUACCCAGCGAUUUCGGCGUUUUCUUCAUCGACCACUGCAUCCGAUCCUUCGAGGACUCGACUACACCGAAAGAUGUUGCUCGACACCUGAUGCACGCUGUCGCUACACAGGACUUUUCUCCCAAAGUCAUGACUUCUGAUCGUGUUCGGCGUCUAGUCGCCGCCCUGCGCAACAUCGAAGACAACCUCAAGGGAAAGAGCAUAGUAAUGUCUCGAAUCCUGAUCUACAAGCGCUUGGUUCAACAGUCGAGACAGCUAAUGGUGCUUCACUCGGAUUGGCUGAACGAUCUUUUCACGGAUAUGUUGAGCAGGGUUAAAGAGCUGCGAUCUGCCGCGAUAUCUCUCGGUUUUGAGGCUGUCUACACUUUUGGAAAGGAGAAAUCUCUUUCACGCAAGGUGAUGGAACUCUUCGAUACAUCCAUUGAAGAGAUGAAGUUUGCAGAGUACUAUCACCAGCAACUUCGUUCCAUGGCCAAGGAUAAGGAUGACAAGCAGUUGACUGCCUCUGUUCCUAAGAUUUGGAGCGUCAUAAUCCUUUUCUUGCGUUGCCCACUCGACCGGUGGCAGUUCUUCAACCAGUGGCUGCAACUGAUUCAAAUGGGCUUCAACAACAACGACCAUCCCCAGACCAAGCAAGAGGCAAACUUUGCCUGGAACCGUUUUGUCUGGUCCAUGCACACCGAGGGGCAGUCUUUCGUCAAGCUGCUACCCACGCUGUACCAACCUCUAGGCAGCCAACUCAAAUCGAAAUAUACUAGUAAGCACAUCCGAGAGGUCGUUUUCGGAAGCGUCUGCAACCUCUUAUACUACACCUUUAAGCCUGGCACGAGUACAGCCCUUCUUGAUAGCUACUGGGAUGCCUGUGUCAAGCCCAUCACAGAGGCCCCAGAACACAAGCAAGGAAUCCCGAUGCAACCGACGAGCACAUGCGGCAGGCAGCCUCGAUCCUGA